AUGGCCAAGGUCACCAGAACAUUGGAACAAGGAGUAUGGUCGAUAAAGCUUGGAACAGAAAGUGUAAUUGGAAGGCCUUAUGACAUACACUGUUGGUGCAAGGUGGAUGUCUGUACUUUGGCCACAGAAUCGUUAUUCCCAAGUCACUUCGUGGUGCCGUACAAAGUUACUUCUUGGACAUCAGAUUGGAACAGCCUUGACGCUGCUGAAGGAAACAAUAAUAAUGGAAAGGGAUCACACAACACAAGGAUGGAAAGACAGUACAAUCUUCACCAUGGAGUACGUGUAAAAUCGCACCAUAUUGAAGAUCCAGUUUGUAUUCGGAACUAUCGUCGUGGACAGCAAAAGUGGAUUCCUGCCCAGGUGAAAAAUCGUUAUGGACGGGUAUUGUACGACGUUUUGACGGAAGACGAGCAAUUUUGGAGAAGACACAUCAACCAAAUGCGAACCAGAUCGCAACGAAGUGCCACCGAUCAAGCAUGA